CAGACCCUACUCCCCUCCCUCCAUCCGUCACAGUGACGUCAUUGGGUCUGCUCUCUGUCCUCUGCCCCUCCCUCCUGGAGAAAAGGACCCUUCCCUGUUUCCAGCCUCUGCUUGGGGAUACUCUGCUUGGCCGACCAGGGCCGGGAUGCUGGGAGGCUUCCAGGCUUGGCCCCCCGAGGGGAGGAGAGCAUGACCCGCCGAGAUCGGCUCAUGAAAGGCAGACCCCAGAGGCAGCCCGAGGCCAGGGGUGGAAAGGGGCCCGGUUACGUUCUCACCCGCCCAACCCUCGUCCUGAUGCUGGAAAGAGGGGAACAGCCCUGCAUGAGCAACACCAAGAAUGGAGUGGUCAACCACCCUCUGAGUAGCAGCAUUGUGGAUGCACAAGCCCUGAAGGAGAACGCCAAGUCACCUUCCCCGACGGCCUUGUCAUCUCCGCCCACCACGGAGUCCCCCAAGCCGCCCCGUCCCCGCCGUCCGCGGCCGCCUGCAGUACUGCCCUCCGACCGGCCCUACCAGUGCAAGGACUGCGGCAAGCGCUUUGUGUACCGCUCCAAGCUGGCAACGCACCAAUGGACCCACUGUGCUGAGCGCCCUUACAAAUGCCCCGACUGCCCCAAAAGCUUCAGCUACCCCUCCAAGUUGGCUGCCCACCGCCGCACGCACACCGGCGAGCGCCCCUAUCCCUGCACCCUCUGCCCCAAGCGCUUCGGACACCGCUCCAAGCUGGCCGCCCACCAAUGGAUCCAUACGCCCGAGCGACCCUACAAAUGUGCUGACUGCCCCAAGAGCUUCUGCUACCCUUCCAAGUUGGCGGCCCACCGCCGCACGCACACGGGCCAGCGACCCUACCCUUGCAACCGCUGCGGGAAGAGUUUUUGCUACCCCUCCAAGCUGGCAGCCCACCAGCAGAUCCAUGCAGCAGCUGCGGCGGGGCGGCCUUACCCCUGUAUGCGCUGCAGCAAGAGUUUCCGUCAGCUCCGGAACCUCACGCUCCACCAGCGAGUGCAUGAGGACGGGGAAACGGAGGGUGACUUAUCCCAAAACAAGGGUCUCAGCAAUGGUGAGAGGCCUUAGAGCAAAGCUCUCAAGAACCUGGACAACUUAAAGGCAAGGGGAGGAAAAUGGAUUAUUUGGACACAACGGUGAAUGUGCUGGCAUCAUUGUAAAUAGCGGGAUAUAUCAAGGGAGGGAUUUGGGGGUUAUACAAAACUGCCCUUUGGCAUCCCAGUUCAUGCUGUUUAUGGUCUUACCACUGCUUCUCCAACUCACUUUGCCUUUCAAAUUUGGAGACCCUGCCCAGUUCCCAAAGGCCAAGCUGUGUAUACCAUGCUGAAAAACAAACCACACUGUAUGUUAAGUGAACAUCACGUAUGUCCUGAGAAGUGGCAUAUUUUUCAACCUGGACAGUUAUGCAAACAUGUACAUCUGUGUGCUUACCUCAAGUCUGCUGUCUGGUUGUUAUGCAUACAUUUGUAAGGAGGCACGCAUUUCUUCGCACAUUGUGCCCAUACACAAAGCCCCGCC